UUCCGAAGUCACCGAGGCAUCAAUGACUGACUCUCCUUACUCCCCGUCUCAUCUCUCUUAGUUAUACGACGCUACUACGAGGACCUACUUUUAUGUGUACUGAUCCUCCCGCAUUUGCGUCCUCUCGCUUGUAUGCUGACCAGAUAGCCUACCUGGAAUCCUGGACUGACAUCAUGUAACCGACUCAACUAUGUAUGGGUGAGCAGCCCCAGCCAACUGCUACACAUACACAUACACAUACUACGUACAUACGCCUCAUCGACACUGGCUUGUCACAUUAGUAGUCCCAGUUCUUAGCUUCAGCAUCUCGGCGAAUUCUCCAGUACCACUAGCCAAUUGCAUCUGCUUUCUCUCUUCACCAUGCCAUUCCUCGCCGAAGAACACAUUGAUAUCCCGAACAAGGAUCUCUUGUCCUGGAUGUUCGACGACCAAAAGUAUGAUCAAGAUGAACCAAUAUAUAUCGAUGCCGCCGACCCCUCACGGACGAUAUCGUCCCGCCAGGCAAGAUCAAUCAUUCAAAAGCUUGCAGCUGGAUUCAAGGCAAUUGGCCUCCAAAAGGGCGACUGCGUGUGCAUGUUAUCAUUCAACGAUAUAUACUACUCGAUGGCCUUCCUCGGAAUCGUAGCCUCAUCCUGUGUCUUCGCCGGCGUGAACCCCUCCCAUACGACCUUCGAGCUCGCCCACGCCUGGAAAAUCUCCCAAACCCGCGCCCUCCUCGUGGAACCCUCCCUCGCGCCCUCCGCCCUCAAAGCCGCCAAACUCGCCGGCAUCCCACGGUCCCGCAUCUUCAUCUUCGACCACCAUACGCCCCUCAGCGUCCCCUCGGACGGCCACGACCGCGACGGCGAAGGCCUGGGCAACGAAGAAAAAUGGGGCGGCCUCCUCAGCUGGCGGUCCCUCCUGCAUCACGGUUCAACCUCCUGGCCACGCUGGGACUCCCUCCACCUCUCCGCGACCACGACCGCCGCCCGGCUUUUCUCCAGCGGCACAACCGGCCUCCCAAAAGCCGUCGAAAUGACGCACCGCAACUUCAUCGCCCAACACACCAUGGUCAUCGAAUCCAUCCACCGCAACUACCCGAUCCGCCGCCUCCUCUGCACCCCCAUGUUCCACGUCUCCAACGUGCCACGCGCCCACACCUCCCCCCUCCGCGCCGGCACCCCCACAGUCAUAAUGCCGCGCUUCGAGCUCUCCGCCUGGCUGUCCAACAUCCACCGCUUCGCCAUAACAGAAGUCAACAUGGUUCCCCCCAUGGUCCUCCGCGUGCUCUCCCACCCGACACUCCCCCCCGCCGAAAUCCGACGCCUGCUUUCCAGCGUGCGCUUCGCGUGGGUGGGCGCCGCGCCGCUUGCCCCCGAGCCCCAGGCGCGGUUCAAGGCGCUGCUGGGGGCCGACACGCCGUUUAAUCAGGUGUGGGGCAUGAGCGAGACGUCGUGCAUCGCGACGAUGAUACACUGGCCUGAGCACGACGGGACGGGGUCCGUGGGGCGGUUUCUGCCGGGUAUGGAUGCGAAGCUCGUGGACGACGACGGCGUUGACAUUACGGGAUACGACGUCAGGGGGGAGUUGUGUGUAAGGGGCCCGUUGGUGGUGAAGGGGUAUUUUGGGGAUGAGGGGGCGAAGAGGACGGCGUGGGAUGGGGAGGGGUAUUUUCAUACGGGGGAUGUGGCGGUGAGGAAGAGGGCGAAUGGGUUGUGGUAUAUUGUUGAUAGGAAGAAGGAGUUGAUUAAGGUGAGGGGGUUCCAGGUUGCGCCGGCGGAAUUGGAGGGCGUGAUAUUAGGGGUUGAGGGGGUGGUGGAUGUUGCGGUUAUUGGGGUUGCGGAGGGAGGGAGUGGAGGGGGGUUUGAGGGCGCCGCGGAGAGCGGGAGUGAAGUUCCCAGGGCGUAUAUUGUUAAGAGGGAGGGGGCGGAGGUGGAUGAGGGGACGGUGAGGAGGUGGAUGAAGGAGAGGUUGGCAGGGUAUAAGCAGUUGGAUGGGGGUAUCGUGUUCGUGGAUGCGAUUCCGAAGAAUGCAAGUGGGAAGAUUUUGAAGAAGGAGUUGAGGGAGAUCGCGAAGAGGGAGAUGGGCGCGAAGCUGUGAUUGAGACGACGGGUCGUGAGUGACGGACAUAGACACCGUUAUGUCUCUACACUAUGGAAAAGACUCAUAAAACCAAAAUGAAUCA